AUGGCCACUCCCAUAAGGCCAACCGACGACGGAACCUUAGACGCCGAUGUUGCGUCACCAGCUGUUGGCCAUGUCGGGGCUUUUCUUGAUGGCCGCGCCCCUGCGGCACGUCGACGAUGGUCCAUGACCCAGCUGAUGGAUACUACGGUACAGAGUACCUUCAGUACUGCUUCGCGCUUCCUCCACUGGCUUGACACCACCCCUGGCCGCGGUGUCUUGAAAUGCACAAUUGCAUACACACUGGCGAGUAUGGCCACCUUUGUGCCCUUCUUGUCCGACUUUCUCGGUAAGCCCGAUGGAAAGCAUGUCGUGGCCACGAUUACAGUCUACUUCCACGCUGCUCGCUCAACCGGAUCCAUGAUUGAGGCCAUCCUUAUCGCCAUUGUUGCCGUCGCGUAUGCCGAGCUUGUGUCUCUCCUUUCCAUGACCACCUCUGUACUUGUUGGCUCCUCCCUCGGACUAGUCACCCUCGCUCACCUCGUCGUCGUCGUCGUCUUCAUAGGUGGUGGCUUUGGUCUGAUGGGCUGGACCAAGCAGCGCAUGAACAAUCCACUCGUCAACGUCGCCAGCACCCUGGCUUCUCUUGCCAUCAUAUCUGUCUUGACAAAAGAAACGGCAGUCAUUGAUAACGUGUUUUCGAAUCAAAAGAUCGUACAAGUCUUCAAGAUGCUCGUCAUGGGCAUCACUUGCACCGCCGUCGUCAACUUGCUUCUCUGGCGUGUCUCUGCACGUCAGCUUCUGCGAGCAUCCGUCAUACAAUCCUCAGUCUCACUAGGUAGCAUGCUUUCCGAUGCAACUGCCAGUUUUUUAGCCAGCUCCAACGAAACGGCCACUCAACCCGAAUUCCCAGACUCUUACGCUUACUCUCAAGCGCACUCUCUUAUGCUGAAACACCUCCGCGAAGCCAAAUUCGAGCAUUACUUGCUUGGCCAUGUCCGUAUUUACCGCCUCGAAAGAUCAACAGUCAGAUCUAUAGAGACGUUAGCUCAAUCGAUCGGAGCACUACGCAGCGCCGCCAAAGCUCAAUUUGCGCUGCUGAAUGGCGAUGGCCGCGACGCGAUUCUUUUUCAGAUGCAUAGUAGCUCAGCAACAACGCCAUAUAUUACCAGAGAUAUCGAUCCAUUCUCUUUCGUCGCUACUGAAAGCUCCGAAACGACGGGGGCCGGCCCUAGGGACGUCCCGGACCUUCGUGCCGCUGCUCGACUUUUCGCGGAUUUUGCUGACAAGGUCAGACAUCCGAUGCAAAAUCUCUCUAGCAUAUUGUGCCAGGUCUUGACCCAAAUGCCGUUUGCCGGUGCUCCUGACUACGCCAUUCAACUAAAUCAAGGGUUACGCGAGGAGCUAACGAAAGGCCUGGACAUAUUCAAUAGCGCGCGUGCAGAUGCGUUGCAAAGUUUGUAUCACCGCAUUCGUCAAGAAAACGACAGUGGCCACCCCCAAGUUGUGCUAGAAGAAGUCGCUGCGGCUUGCGGGCAUUUCUCAUUUACUUUGCAGAGCUUUGGUGAAGAGAUGAAGACCUACCUAGACGUCUUGGAGGAUUUGAAGCACAGCUAUGACCGGAAGCACUGCAGUUGGCGCUGGCUACUGUGGUGGAAGACGAGCAAACAUGGCCCUGACCUGGCAGCGCUGCCCUUUGACGUGUCAGAGACCGAAGUUCUGGUAAAGCCGAUCAGAAAGUCCGCUGUACCUGCGGGAAUUCCGCGUUCCAUGCGGGAACGGCGAGAUACAUACAAGUGGGACGCAGCUCCUAAUGCAAGCAGACUCUUAUCGAUACUUUCACAAGCCAUCCUUCAGCUCUUGCGAAGGAUGGCGAGUGAUGAUGUCUUGUUUGGUCUAAAAGUUGGCAUCGGCGCCGCACUUUGGGGUAUGCUUGCAUUCAUUGAAGCGACGCGCGACAUGUAUAACCAUUAUCGCGGCGAAUGGGGUCUCUUGUCCUUCAUGAUUGUCUGCUCCAUGACAGUCGGAGCCUCCAACACCACUGGAUGGGCUCGAUUCAUGGGGACUUUUGCAGGUGCCUUCUUCUCGCUGUUCAACUGGAUGGUCAGCCAAGGCAACGGCGCUGCACUUGCCAUUUUGGGAAGCUUCGUCGCCUUCUUCAACUUUUAUCUCAUUGUGGCUUGUGGACGUGCACCGCUAGGGCGCAUGACAAUUCUGGCAUACAACGUGUCGACUCUGUAUGCCUAUUCCCUCAGCCAAAAGGUCGAUGACAAUGAUGAAGAUGAGGGCGGUAUCCACCCCAUAAUGAUGGAGAUUGUCACUCAUCGUGUCAUCUCUGUUUGCACGGGCAUCUUAUGGGGUCUUGCUGUAUGUCGAUUCGUUUGGCCGAUAUCUGCGCGCCUCAAGUUCAAAGAGGGUAUCUCGGUGCUAUUUCUGCAAAUGGGCCUCAUCUGGCGCCGCGGACCGCUCGCCAUCCUAUUGCGCUCCGACUGCUCUCAAAGCUACCUCAAGUCAGGCGAGCAAGUCGCGCUGCAGCGCUACGCCGACCGUCUUGAAUCCCUCCGACACAGCGCCGCGUCCGAGUUUGAGCUACGCGGCCCUUUUCCCUUUGAAGCCAAUGGGCGCAUUCUGGGCAGCGUCAACCGCAUCCUAGAUGGAUUCUAUUCCAUGAGUCUAGUCACGCAGCGUAAAGCGAGUCUCUCUGCUGGUGAGCGUGCGUUACUUGAGUUCACAGCACCAGAGCGCGCUGUGCUGUGUGACCGCAUCUGUCACAUCUUUCAGGUACUGGCCAGCUCCACGAUGCUGGAAUACCCGCUGACGGCCGCGAUCCCGAGCAUCGCCCGCGCGCGCGACCGGUUCUUAAGCAAAGUUUUUGAGUUUCGAGAGAAGACUCCGGCUGCACUCGAUAUUAGCGAAAAGGAUUACGCGCUGUUGUACGCGUAUGCACUUGUCACAGGUCAGGUAGCAGAUGAGUUGAUGAAGAUUACGAGACAUGAGAUUGAAAGCUUGUUGGGGGUGCUGAAGGAUGACCCGCUUCUGACUGAGUGA